AUUCCAUGUAAUGAGAUAGUCGAAGUGAUCAAUUUACAUUCGCAAGAUGGAUCAUUUCGAACGAGACAAAAGAAUAAAAAAUCCAAGAGAAACUGCCAAUAUUUUCUCGAUAUUAACCUUCGCACAUACAAGGAUUUUGUUCAAAAGAGGACUAAAACAUGAUUUAGAAGAAAAAGAUCUUUAUAACGUGGCAAAGUGCUGUGAUUCCAAAAGAUGUGGGGAUAAGCUACAAAAAUCAUGGCUAGAGGAGAACAAACUGAACAAAAAUUCUUCCAUAUACAGGCUCCUAUGGAAGAGAUUUGGAUAUAGAUAUCUUUUCAUUGGACUAAUUGAUGGAUUGUAUAAAAUAUUAAUCAGUAGCAUUUUAGAGCCCCUAGCUCUGAGUAAAGUGAUAUCCUACUUUGAUCCUUCCCAAAAAGAAAUGACCCAAACUGAUGCCUACUACUAUUCAGGAUUCCUUUUAUUUUCCGUAAUCUUAAAUGCUGUCUACUACCAUAACUCUUUGUUUUGGGCAGCUCAUUUGGGAAUAGAAAUCAAAACUGCAUUCUCAUCGUUGUUGUACAGAAAAGCCUUGAAACUUUCUCCCAGCUCGAUUUCGAGUAUAUCUUUAGGCAAUAUAGUGACCUUGAUCACCAAGGAUGUGUAUACUUUUCAGAAUUCUAUAUGGGUUUUCAAUGAUAUUUGGUCUGGAACUCUACAAACUUGCGUUAUAUGCUAUCUCUUGUACAGGAAGAUUGGCUACGUCUCUUUCCUUGGUAUUUUCGUGAUCAUGAGUGCUAUACCACUACAAUCAUAUUUAGGAAGAUGUAUUAGCAAAUUGAGAAUAUCAAUAGGCAAAAAAACAGAUGAACGUGUUCAAGAUACCCAAGAAACUCUUUCAACUAUCAGGAUAAUAAAGAUGUACACCUGGGAGAUAUUUUUUGGUGAUAGGAUACAAAAAGCAAGAAGCAUAGAAAUGAGUAAAAUAUUGAUAAGUUACUAUUUCAAAAUGAUCAUCAUCACAGUAGGACUACUCUUUUCAAAGUUUGGCUUCUACUUACUCAUCAUGGCACAUAUUUGGAUGGGUUAUUCUCCUAGUUCAGAGCUGGUAUUUUACAUCAUCUCUAUAUUCAAGGAGUUAGAGUACGAUAUAGGAUUCAUCAUACCUAGUGCUAUAGGAGAAUUCGCAGACCUCUACUCAGCAAUACAGAGAAUAAACAUGGUGAUACAAGCAGAAGAACUGCCGUCUAAAGAAAUAGUUGAUGGACCUAUCGCUACACCUUUUAUAAAACUCGAACAUGUCGAUAUUCAUAUCAAAGAUAUUGAGAUAUUGAAUAAUGUAUCUUUUGAAACUAGAACAGGCCUCACUGUGAUCACUGGGAAAGUUGGUUCUGGUAAAAGUUCUUUGCUGAAAACAAUGCUCCAAGACUAUCCUGUGAGCGGAGGAUCACUGAAGGUCCAUGGGAGAAUAUCUUAUGCUUCACAAGAUCCAUGGUUAUUUCCCUCGACCAUAAGGCAAAAUAUCUUAUUCGGAGAAACGUUUGAAGAAAAGAGAUACCAAGAGGUGAUUCGAAUUUGCGCCCUAUUCUACGAUUUCAAUCUUCUCGAGAAUGGGGAUGAAACUAUAGUGACCGAUAGAGGCGCUAAUCUCAGUGGAGGACAACAAGCUAGAGUGAACUUAGCGAGAGCUAUAUACAAAAAUAGCGACAUAUAUCUGUUGGAUGACUCCCUAGCAGCACUGGACUCUCAAGUACAAGAUUUUAUCUUUAAUGAGUGUAUAUUGAAAUUUCUGAAUAGCAAAAUUUGUAUUUUGGUGAGUCAGAAUUUGAAUCAUAUCCAGAAAGCUGAUCAAGUGGUAAUCAUGGAAGGUGGUCAGAUCAAAUCUUCCGGAACUAUAGACCAGAAGAUUUUGAAUAAUUUGAGCAGCUUAGCGAAUAGACAUAAUUUAGAAAAAUACAAUGGUAGUAACAGCAUAAAACAUGAUGAAGCCGAUGAAUCGUUGACUGAGGAAGCAGUAUUAUUAGAAACAGAACAAGGAUGUGGUCAAAAGAUAUAUAGUGAGAUCAAGAAACAAGGAAAGGUAGAUUUCGAUGUGUACAAGAAGUAUGCUAUGUUUGGUGGAGGGGCAUUGAUGAUAAUGUUGAAUGUAACGGUUUUCGGACUUGCCCAAGGAUGUGAUAGCUAUUCUGAUAAACUACUGACUACAUGGGUUGACAAGCAACAGGUAGUCUUAGACCUUGGAAAUUCGACUUCUAAUAGUACAAACUUGAGUUCUCUUCGUGUUGCUGUUGAGGAUAGCCAGUACACUAUCAAAUUAUACUCGAUCUCAAUAUUUGUAUCAGCUAUCAUGACUGGUAUCAAAACCUACUUCAUUUUCGAUUUUUGUAGAAGAGCUUCAGUAAAUAUUCACAAAUCUAUGAUUGGGAGUAUGAUGAAUGCGCUAAUGUCUUUCUUUGAUACUCAUUUCCUUGGGAACAUACUCAAUAGAUUCUCUCAGGAUUUGAAUAGUAUCGAUGAGCAUUUACCACUCAUAUUGGGUGAAGUUUUCAGGUCAGUUUUUUCAAUUAUUGGAAUCAUAGUGCUGAUCGUAACAGUGAAUUCUAGUUUCUUAGCAUAUGCUCUUGUGAUAUUCCUAGCUCUCCUCAUGGUGAGGAGGGUCUAUAUGCCAACAGGUCGAAGUCUCAAGCGUUUAGAAGCAUCAACAAGAAGUCCUAUGAUAGGACACUUGAAUGCAUCACUGGAGGGCUUGACCACUAUAAGGGCCUGUGGAAUAGAAGAGACUCUCAUAAACGAAUUCGAUAGACACCAGAAUUUGUUCACCUCGGCUCAUUUCAUUGGCCAAACCACUACAAGAGCUUUCGGGCUUUGGAUGGACUUGAUUUGUUCACUAUAUGUGUGUAUUGUAGUGAUUUCUUUCAUAUUCUUUGAAUCAAAUAGUACAGCUGGGGAUGUAGGUCUAGCCUUGACUCAAGUACUUCUACUAUCUAGUGAGGUACAGUGGAGUAUCCGUCAAUGGUCAGACCUUGAAAACCUCAUGACGUCUGUAGAAAGGCUAGUUGAGUACACUGAUGUCAAAGCAGAAACCACAGGUGGUACUGAGGUCGAGCAUUGGCCACAAGCAGGCAGUAUUACUUACAAGAAUGUUUCCCUCACUUAUAAUAAUAAUGAAACGGUACUAAAAAAUUUGACCUUCGAAAUCAAACCCGGCGAAAAAAUUGGAAUAGUUGGUAGAACAGGAGCUGGCAAGUCUUCGAUAAUAGCAACAAUCUUCAGACUAUAUGAAGCUGAUGGUUCUAUUCUCAUAGACAAUGUUGACAUCAAAACGUUGUAUUUGAAGUACUUGAGGAAGCACCUAGCUAUAAUCCCUCAAGAACCAGUAUUAUUUUCAGGGUCUAUCCGGACGAAUCUAGAUCCAUUCCAGGAAUUCCAGGAUGCAGAUAUCUGGAAAGCCCUUGGUCAAGUAAAUUUGAAAAGUGCAAUUCAUGAUUUGAACGCCCCAGUGAAAAAUCAUUCCUCAAAUUUCAGCUCUGGGCAAAGACAACUGAUUUGCUUAGCCAGAUCUAUUCUACGUAGAAAUAAGAUCUUGAUUCUGGACGAGGCAAGUGCUAACAUGGAUAGUGAAACUGACUCACUAUUGCAGGCUAUAAUCAAAGACAAUUUCGCAGAAUGCACUGUAUUAACGAUUGCUCAUAGGUUACAGACCAUUUUACAGAGUGAUAGAGUUAUGGUUCUGGAUAGAGGGGAGAUAGUGCAGUUUGAUAGUCCAAAUGAAUUGCUAAAAAAUACACAGGGUAUAUUUUAUGAAAUGAUCAAUCAAGCAGGGCUGCUCAAGAAGUAUUAAAAGUUGAAUAAAUUAGUUCCCAAAUGAAGUGCUGUUAUUCAAAAUGUUACACUUUCCAAUUCGCGUAAUGUUUUUGAGUCGUUCAAGGACUGCAAGAUCUUCCUCACAAGUGAUUUCAAUCGCUAAAAAAGAAAGUUAAAAAUAUUUAGUGAAUUCCUAUAUUCCGUUUGGCUGUGAAUCGGUCUUACACUUAUCUUUGAUUUUUCUGCAAUCCUUUUUGAUGAAGGUACUUCUAGUAGGUUUGCCAGGAAAUAAUUCACAUAGCGCUGAUAGCUUUGCGUUGCAGUUAACUACUCUCCAUAAUUUUUCUGAGUCUAGAACAACGCAAUCUUCACUUUUACUGACUGAUCUUGGAUGUCCAGGAGCCCAAGCUCUGAAAAUAAAGAAUAUUCUUGUACCCAUCAGUUGGCGUAUCGAAUAUAAUCUGUAGAAACCUGUAAUUGGUGCAGCUGAGAAGCAAACCAGAAGCUGUUACAAACUUUCCUUCCUCAUGCAUAUCAUCCAUACCAACAUAGGCUAAUCUGAACCAGCUUUCAAGAGUUGUAUUCAGAAAUUCUGAAAGAUGUUUUGUCUUCACCUCAGAAGAUACAUCUGCUAAUUCACCUCCAAAUGAUUUGCAACUUUCUUGGGCCAAUGUGUGAUUCUUCUUCUCAGGUGAGACAUAAAAAAUACCAAUAUUUUUUAUACAAGUUGCAUUGGAUGAAGCUACAAUAAUAAUAAUUGUAGAGUUCGAUUUGUGCAUUUAUCUGAUAUUAUGUUUUUGUACACUUACAGUUUAGAUGUCCAAAGGAACUAUAAUAAUCAAAAGCCACAUCUGAUACAAAAGUAUUACUCGUUCCGAUUUCCGGACAACCCAACAGUUGACAGUUUCUUUGAGAACCAUUGAUGAAUUGAUUCCCUUCUCUUGGACUGUAGUUGAAUGCCAAACUUCUCCUUCUUUUUGCGAAUGAAAUGCAGUCUCUAAGUGAAUUAGUAUCGCUCCAAGACAAUAUUGGUAGAUUAGAUUUCUUGCAUUCCUUGAUUCUGUAAUACCUCAACGGUCUAGGAAUGGUAUCACAGGUUCUUCUGCAUCGGAUUUCUGUUGAAACUAAAAGCGUUAACAAGGCAGUUAAUGUAUUCAUGAUUAAAACACACGAGUAUCUCAUGAAUGGGAUAAAAAUUUUAUUAGAGUAAUUUGUUCAGAACAACAAUUUCAGGAUAUGUCAGUCAAAGCCACAGGAAACACUCAUUAUAUUUCCGAAUCAGAGACAACUGAAGCGUCAUCUUCCUCAUCGUUAAUUCUUUCAUCCUCGACUUGUAUCUUCUCCAGUUCUUCCGGUUCGUAUUCAUCCCGCGUUUCUUGUGUUCCCUCUCUCUUGUUUGUAUCGGCUAAUUCUAUCUCCUCAUAGGGUUGGUCUCCUCUCUCUUGCUCCGCCUCCUUCUCUUCUGGCUUCUCUUGGGGGCGGACAUAAUCACUCUCAGUUGCUAUGGGGCGGCUGGUAGAUAAUCUUCUGAUGAGGGCAUUCUCCACUUUGGGAAAAACGUCCUCUGGAGCGCUACUCGUAUUGAUCUACAAGGAGUGGUAUUGCGAGGGAUCAUUUGACGAAUUAGCUAAGAAACGUUGGCACUUACACUCUCGAUUUUCAAUGCGAAUUUUCCAAGGCAUACUUUCAUAUCUCUGUUAGCGUUGGCUAUGUCUUUCUUCAGGUUAUCUUCGUUCAGCUCGGUAUCGGAUUUUUCUUUGGCUCUGUCGAUGAGGAGGGGAGUGUCUGAAUAGAAGUAGAAGAUGAAAUUGACGUUGCCGAUUUCCUUGAGGAACAUGUCUGCUUGCUUAGCGUUCUUGGGAAAGUUGCUGAUCAGGAAGCCUCUAAUGUUGUCGUUGGAGUUUAGAAGGGAUUCUUUGAGGAGAUCUAUCACGAUAGUCUAAAAGUAACAUUGAACUUUUUCAAACAAUCUCAAGUUUUUGAGUAACUUACAUCGUUUAUUUUUCUUGCGGUAUCUAAAGCUUCCUUCACGAUACAUCCUCUUUUGGUGUCAUUCAUCGCUUCUUGGCGUAAAAGUUCACUGAUGCUGAUCACUUCUAGAUCGUAUUUUUCCUUUAUCAAAUUCCCAUGAGUUUUUUUGCCAGUAUUUUUUUGUCCAGCUAACCAAAUCAUCGGUAAAUUUUUGUUCUGUAUAGGCGUCAUGUCAUAUUGGACUCGUUCUGUAGAAGGUGCCUAGAAUCGUGGAAAUGAAAUGGUAGGAUAAGGGAGACUUUGGUAGAAUCUAUCGACUUACUGCUGAAACACAUGAAAACGGUAUAUUCCCCAUUUUUCAAUUCGUCUACAUCAGUCGGAAAAUUCAAAUACUUUUUGGUAAACCUCUGACAUUCACCUAUCAGAUAUUGACUGCUGCUUGGCGUAUCAUACAGGAUGUGUCGAUCUGAUGAACAAUGAAUUGUUAUUCCAUCCUACCAGAAGAAGGAGCAGUCGAAUUUUCCAGAGUUCUCAAUAGUUAUUUGUUUUACUAGGCAGGAAAGUAGUAGAUUGACUGCCGUAUGAAACAUAAUUUUUUCUCUAAAUGUUAAAGAACUAAUUUUGUGAAUUUUCUUUUAUUGACUAUAUCACUCAUCACAUAAUCUGACCAAUCACAAGCCAGAGGAAGAUAUUCAGAACAGAGUGGUGUUUUGCUAGACUAUUCACGUUCACGGAGCAUGAAAAGCAUUUAUUAUAAAUGAGUGAUUCAUAAUGACAAGUACACUCAUAAUUAUUUCAUGCCAAACUGACAGACUUUGCUUCGCUAUGCGAAUAAUCGAAUUAUAAAUACAUAUUCAACAGGACGACUUUGGAAGUGAUUUCUUAGGAAAGGAUGAUGAUUGGUCUACAAAUACAGUGAGUUAUGUCAACAGUGCUUUAUUUUGCGUAUAAAUAAAACAGUAUAAAUUAAAUUUAUUAUUUCCUAAUUUGUUUGGUGUGUGCUUAUCUAUGGGUAUCCUAAGAUAUGCUAUUAGGACACCAAUGGAUCCAAAUAUGUGGUCACCUCUGCGAAGAUAUCGUCAGUAGUCCUUUCUGCAUUUAUCUGAAAAAUCGAAAUAAAUAUCUUCAAAAAGUGCCAAAAAGUACAAGUGGAAUUGAGAUGUGUGAAAUAAAGGUGGAUAUAUGUAUGGUGAAAUAGCUCCCUCUUACAAAACCCUAGAAAUUUUUGUAGACCUCUGGCCUACUUGAUUAUGUCGAAUUCUAUCACCGUAGUAAGGCCGCGCAAAACUAACGCUAGAUGGCGCUGUUCCCGAAGUGAUCUUGCUACACAAUGGUUGUUUUGUUUUGUUGUUUACAUUUACGUAUAUUAAUUCGUGAUUCAAAAACAUUGAGAAAAAGUGAUUGAUUUAAUGAAAAAGACGUGAAAUUUUCAUUAUAUCUGUGAAGUUCAUGUGGCACGAUGUUCCCUACGCCAUCUACAAUCAAUCUGGUGCGGCCUUGCUACGGUGUCUCGCGGUUUACACGUUUUGGAAAAAAAACAAUUGACAAGUGGUUACACCAGUCUAUUUUCAUCAUGUGUGAAAUAUUCAUUUUGUCAGUUGAAGAUCAUGGAAUCGAAAUGUUAUCAUUUGUUUAUUGCUUGUACGGGAUGAUACGUUAUAAAGUAAAACCCCCUGUAACUCAAUAUUGUAAUCAUAGACCAGGCCUACUACCGAAAAUCAUUCAGAUUCAGUCAAACUUUUGUUAGUUAUCAGAGUCCAUAUUUUGAUAAAUAUAAAAAUGAAAAAUAUAUGAAGUACGAAAGGUUUUUCCAAUGGUACGGAAAUAUGUAUGGUUUUCCAUUUAAAAUUCAUCCUUUUUGCUGCUUCCUGUAUGUUUUUGCAGAAAGUGAAAAUGUAUCUCUUGAUUCGAAAAAAAUCGUCUGUAAGGCUAUUUUUCUUUUUUUUCUUUCAACUGUCAAAAAUCAACGAGUUAUAGGGAGUGUUAGUUCAUAACUUGUCCCCCGGUACACUCAAUUCAAGUAGCACGUUAGAAGAAGAAGAGCAGUUAGUUUUUUGUAAGUCUUAAUAACUCUUGAAUUUUAAAGUAUGGGUUUUGAUACGAAUUUGACGCAGAAACAAUUCGUGGAAUCACUUACUGAGGACAAUUUUAUUGAAUUGAAUGUAUGAUUUGGAAUACUUAUAGAUAAAGUUUGCGAAAACACUAACGGCAACAACAAUGUAUAGAUAAUAUUUGUUGUUAAACAGAGUGACUUCAAAUUCUAUGUGAAUCUCAUGAAACGUCUACAAGUCUAGAAACGUGAUGAAACAAAUGUUUCGUAAUAUUUCUCACAAUAUUGGUAUUCGAUGUGUCCGAUAAUGAAUAUUAUAUUGUUCAUUAGUUGUUUUCUCAUGAAACCUUUAUUAUUGUAUCAAUAUUAUUAUUAAG